AUGGGCUCCAGGUCCCGGUCCAGGGAACGGCGCCGGAGGAGAAGCCGGUCCAGAUCCGAGGAGCGGGAGAGGAGGAGGCAGAGGAGGAGGAGGAGAGAGCGGGGUGGAAGGUGAGCGGGGAAGCCCGGCGGGGCGCGGCCCUGGGGACCAUAGAGUCUCCGGACCAUAGAGUUCGCCCGGGGUAGAGCGGUUGUUGUUGUUUUCUCCCCUAUAGGUUCCUAUAGGCGAUUCUUUCCCCCUAUAGCGAGGGUGUUAAGCGGGCUUAAGAUGUGGGGAAGCGGCUUAAGCCCCCCAAGCUGCUUCUCCUGCUAGGUUUCGGUGUGCCCUUGGCUCAGGGGGCAAAUAGUAAGGUGGCAAGAGGGCUCCUGAGCAUGUCAAAAGUGCCCUGCAGCUGGUUCAGGCCAGGGGGGGGGAUCAUAGUCCAGGAACCGCUUGGUGUGAGGCGUUCACAACGUAGUAAUAAUAAUGAUAAUUUAUUAUUUGCACCCCGCCCAUCUGGCUGGGUUUCCCCAGCCACUCUGGGCGGCUUCCAUAGAAACCAAGAAUACACUAAAAUAUCACACACUAAAAACUUCCCUGAACAGGGCUGCCUUCUGAAUGUCAGGUACUUGUUUAAUUCUCUGACAUCUGAUGGGAGGGUGCCACCACCGAGAAGGCCCUGUGCCUGGUUCCCUGUAACCUCACUUCUCGCAAUGAGGGAACUGCCAGAAGGCCCUCGGGAGAUGGACCCAGGUGUCCGGGCAGAACGAUGGGGUGGAGGCGCUCCUUCAGGUAUACUGUGACGAGGCCAUUUAGGGCUUUCAAGGUCAACACCAGCACUUUGAAUUGUGCUCAGAAACAUCCUGGGAGCCAAUGUAGGUCUUUCAAGACCGGUGUUAUGUGGUCCCGGCGGCCGCUCCCAGUCCCCAGUCUAGCUGCCGCAUUCUGGAUUAGUUGUAGUUUCCGAGUCACCUUCAAAGGUAGCCCCACGUAGAGCGCAUGGCAGUAGUCCAAAGUAAAGGGAGGAUUGAACUCUGAUUAAUAAGAAUACACACAGAGGCUUGAACCAACAAGACUCUGGGAAGGGUGCGUCUAAUAAUCUCUCUGUCUGUCUGCCUCUACCCCUGGCCCCUCGUUUUAUUCACAAAAGAACUUUUUGCAGAAUGUUCGUAAGAACCAAUCAGAUUUCUUCUGAGCAUUUAAACAAACCCAAGUCGGGGACAAAGUUAAACUAUAAACACUAGUUAGGCAUGCAUAAAGGUAAAGGUAAAGGGACCCCUGACCAUUAGGUCCAGUCGUGACCGACUCUGGGGUUGCGGCGCUCAUCUCGCUUUAUUGGCCGAGGGAGCCAGCGUACAGCUUCCGGGUCAUGUGGCCAGCAGGACUAAGCCGCUUCUGGCGAACCAGAGCAGCGCACGGAAACGCCGUUUACCUUCCCGCCGGAGUGGUACCUAUUUAUCUACUUGCACUUUGAUGUGCUAUUGAACUGCUAGGUUGGCAGGAGCAGAGACCGAGCAACGGGAGCUCACCCCGUCAUUGCGGGGAAUCGAACUGCCAACCUUCUGAUCGGCAAGCCCUAGGCUCUGUAGUUUAACCCACAGCGCCACCUGUGUCCCAGUUAGGCAUGCAUACUUUUGGGUGAAUGAGUGAAAACAACAAAGGAGCGCAUUCAGCAAACCCGGAGGUCAUAAACAAUCAGUACACAUGAUAAGAAGGAUGGCCAGGAAGACAGCGACCAUUAUCACCUUAAUGUGAAACCUGUUUCCUGGCCCUAAGAUUAACAUCCUAAGAUUGAUAUAUAAGAAAAGCUACAUCGAUGAAACUGCCCAUUGACUUUGGGGACCCGGGACGCCUGCCUGUCCGUGUAAGUGACUUGUCAAGAAAAGGGGAAUGGAACAAGGAUGCAGAGGUGAAGAUUAAUCAAGAAUCAUAUCAAAAUUGUUUAAACCCAGUCAACGCAAUGCUUUCAUUGCUGACACAGAUGGCUUACUCUAUAUUUGUUAUAAUUCCUCAUAGCAGUUCCACCUGAUCACUACACUGGUGCAACGGCAACUCUCCCCACAUGCGAUUCCCAGCGUUAUCGUCGAACAGGAAGGGGCCCCCAAAGGUCAUCAAGCCCAACAGGCUGCAAAAACAUAGGACCAGUGGAAAGCAUAUACAUAGAAUCUCAGAGUUGCAAGGGACCCCAUGGGUCAUCUAGUCCAACCCCCUUUUUCUUCUCCUGUGGCGAUUAAUAAUAAUAAUAAUAAUAAUAAUAAUUUAUUUAUACCUCGCCCUCCCCAGCCAAGACCGGGCUCAGGGUGGCUAACAUCAGGUAUAAAAACAAUUGAUUAAAAUACAGCUUAAAAACAAGAUUAAAAUACAACACUAAAAUGCAGCCUUAUUUCAGUAGAAACUCAAAUAGCCAAGUUAAAUUGUCUUCCAUGAACACGGUUUUAGCAGUGAGUCCGUAAGCAAGUUUUGUUGUUGUUGUUUAGUUGUUUAGUCGUGUCCGACUCUUCGUGACCCCCUGGACCAGAGCACGCCAGGCACUCCUGUCUUCCACUGCCUCCCGCAGUUUGGUCAAACUCAUGCUGGUAGCUUCGAGAACACUGUCCCACCAUCUCGUCCUCUGUCGUCCCCUUCUCCUUGUGCCCUCCAUCUUUCCCAACAUCAGGGUCUUUUCCAGGGAGUCUUCUCUUCUGCUGAGGUGGCCAAAGUCUUGGAGCCUCAGCUUCAGGAUCUGUCCUUCCAGUGAGCACUCAGGGCUGAUUUCCUUCCGAAUGGAGAGGUUUGAUCUUGCAGUCCAUGGGACUCUCAAGAGUCUCCUCCAGCACCAGAAUUCAAAAGCAUCCAUUCUUCGGCGAUCAGCCUUCUUUAUGGUCCAGCUCUCACUUCCAUACAUCACUACUGGGAAAACCAGAGCUUGAACUAUAUGGACCUUUGUUGGCAAGGUGAUGUCUCUGCUUUUGAGGAUGCUGUCUGGGUUUGUCAUUGCUGCAAAAACAUAGGACCAGUGGAAAGUAUAUUCAUAGAAUCUUAGAGUUACAAGGGACCCCAUGGGUCAUCUACUCCAACCCUCUUUUUCUUCUCCUUUGGUGAUCCCUCGUAGCCGAGUAAGAUUGUCUUCCAUAAACACGGUUUUAACGGUGAAUCCGUAAGUGACUGUGGAGGCCAAUUCUGGAUCCACACGUCCUUCCACAGUGGGGACAUAGGUUUCUGGGCGGGAGUUGAUCCCGGUGAGGGUUUGCCAAGCGUGCCUUCCUCUUAGCACGUUUCUCCCUUGCGUCCUGAGUUCGAGUGUCUUCAAAGCCCACGACACCUUUGGUCAAGGCUGUUCUUCAACUGGACCGCUUGCAGGCCAGUGUUUCCCAGUUGUCUGUGUUUAUACUACAUUUUUAAAGAGUUGCCUUGAGAGAGUCUUUGAACCUCUUUUGUUGACCACCAGCAUUCCGCUUCCCAUUCUUAAGUUCGGAAUAGAGCAGUUCGCAAACCGGAACACUUACUUUUGGGUUUGCAGCGUUUGGGUCCCAAGUUGCUUGAGCACCCAGACCUUUUAGAACCAAGGUACCACUGAAAAAAUGCACUGGGUAUGUGUAGAAACUAGCCUCUUGUACAAUUGUUAAAAGUUUCCGCUCAUUCCUCUGCCCCCUUUUGCCUCCAGCCCUUGGGGGGGGGGGCUACCUCUGGCUGGAGUUCUGCCCCUCUCUUUCACUCUCAAAUCAGAAUUUCUCUCUCUCUCCUUAGCUCGGAGGAAGAGAGUCAGAAAUGGCAGAAAAAGAAAGAGAAAAGCGAGGAACGACAUGGGAAGAGGCACAAAAAGCGACGUUCUCGCGGCCGCUCCCCAAGCUCGGAUUCGUCCCCGGAGAGGCGAGGCCGCAGCAGCGAGAGGAGGGGGAAGAGGACCCGGAAGCGCUCUGGGUCCCGAUCCUCCGUGUCCUCGGUCACGUCGCCUUCGCCGUCCCGCUCGCAGAGCUCUCGGGGGGACCUGGGCGAGGAACUGAGCCUCCAGGAACGGUUGCAGCUGAAAGACGACAAGAAGAAACAGAAGGAGAUGGUGAAGGCUCUGGAGACCCCGGAGGAGAAGAGGGCCCGGCGGCUGGCCAAGAAGGAAGCGAAGGAGCGCAAGAAGCGCGAGAAGAUGGGCUGGGGGGAAGAGUACAUGGGAUACACCAAUACUGACAACCCCUUUGGGGAUAACAACCUUCUGGGAGCCUUCAUCUGGAGCAAGGUGAGUUUCGGACCGCUGUCGGCAGCCCGGGAUGUUGGCACUGUAGCCAAGAGGUCAAUGUGGAAGCGGUGGAUUUGAUUUACCGUAUUUUUCGUUCUAUAGGACGCACCCGACCAUCGGACGCACCUUGUUUUAGAGGGGGAGAACAAGGAAAAAAAUUAUCCCCCUCUCUGCCCAGCGCCCCUUCAGUGAAGCGGCAGGAGGCGCUGCGCAGAGAGGGGGAGAAUUUUCCCCCCCUUGUUCUCCCCCUAUAAAACAAGGUGCCAUUCAAGGUGUUUUCAGUCGCCUUCAGGCAGCUACUUUGGAAGCCUCUCGCUCUCCAGGCUUCAGUGAAGGCAACCUGAAGCCUCCGGCGCGCAGCCUUCCUUCUUUAGCCCCACACAACCUCUCCGGCAGGUUGCAAUACCCCCACCUCCUGCAAAAACCCACAGGAGCCGCGCACCCUAUAAGGAGCGCAUGGCUCCUGCGGGCUUUUCUACGAGGGUGGGAAGGGACUGACUGGCCGCGUCAGUCCCAUCUCCCUCCUGAAGAAAAGCCCGCAAGAACCGCUCGGAGCUUGUGUGCGGCUUUUGGGAGCUUUUCCUGCCUGCCUCCCCCCCUGCAUUCGCUCCGUAGGACGCACACACAUUUCUCCUUCAUUUUUGGAGGGGAAAAAGUGCGUCCUAUAGAGUGAAAAAUACGGUAAAUGGAAUAGAUUCAAAUCGCGAUUUAAACCACUCGUCAGUAAGACUUGAUUUACCGUAUUUUUCAUUCCAUAAGUCACACUUUUUCCUUCCUAAAAAGUAAGGGGAAAUGUCUGUGCGUCUUACGGAGCGAAUGCGUGGUCCCUGGAGCCGAAUUGCCCAGGGGCAAAAAGCAGAUCGUGCAAUGGCGCAAAAACGUGGUUACAAAGCACGGAUCCACAUGGAUUCUCAGGAUUUUUGCAUUGGGCUACCCCAAACUCACUGUCAAAUCACAUGUCUGUGGCCACAGCACGAACCACAAAAAUCAUACAUCCACUGUUUCGUUCUGAAUAUUUUUUUUCUUGUUUUUCUCUAAAAACUAGUUGCGUCUUAAGGAGCGAAAAAUACGGUAAAUCUUCUUCUUUUUAAACAGACAGACUCAUUCUUGCUGGUACCAUCUUAACAUUCGCGACAAAGGUGAAGGUUUCGUUUUUUGGACGAAUAAAUUUUCAGAGUAGUUUUUGCAGUUCUGUCAAAAAUGACUGAUUUGGUUGCGCUGUUAAGAAAUACGUAAGGCGGAUAAUUAUGAAAUUGGUGUUGAAGUUUAAUAAGUGGGCUGUUUAUAUUUGGACAACUUGUCUGCUGUGCUUUAUUGGAAGGAGAAAAACAACAAUUUCCUUAACAACAAUUUUAACAAUUUAUUUAACUAGAGCAAUAACAUUAUAGCCGUCCACUCAAAUUGGCUCUAAUAAUAAUAAUAAUAAUAAUUUAUUAUUUAUACCCCGCCCAUCUGGCUGGGCUUCCCCAGCCACUCCGGGCGGCUUCCCAAAAAAUAUUUAAAUACUGCAAUACAUCAAACACUAAAAGCUUCCCUAAACAGGGCUGCCUUCAGGUGUCUUCUGAAAGUCUGGUAGUUGUUGUUCUCUUUGACAUCUGGUGGGAGGGUGUUCCACAGGGCAGGUGCCACCACCAAGAAGGCCCUCUGCCUGGUUCCCUGUAACUUGGCUUCUUGCAGUGAGGGAACCGCCAGAAGACCCUCGGCGCUGGAUCUCAGUGUCCGGGUAGAACGAUGGGGGUGGAGACGCUCCUUCAGAUAUACUGGACCAAGGCCGUUUAGGGCUUUAAAGGUCAGCACCAACACUUUGAAUUGUGCUCGGAAACGUACUGGGAGCCAAUGUAGGUCUUUCAGGACCGGCGUUAUGUGGUCUCGGCGGCCGCUCCCAGUCCCCAGUCUGGCUGCCACAUUCUGGAUUAGUUGCAGUUUCCGGGUCACCCUCAAAGGUAGCCCCACAUAGAGCGCAUGGCAGUAGUCCAAGCGGGAGAUAACUAGAGCAUGCAACACUCCAGCAAGACAGUCCACAGGCAGGGAGGGUCUCAUCCUGCAUACCAAAUGGACACAGAACUGACCUGCGCCUCCAUGGACAGCUGUGAGUCCAAAAUGACCCCCAGGCUGCGCACCUGGUCCUUCAGGGGCUAAAAACCUCCCCUUCUGUGCUGAUUGGGCAGCUGCGAGUUCGAGUCCAGCAGUUCCUGGAGUGGUCCAGGUUUCUCAUUCUUGAUCUAAGAAGAGGCAUUCCUCUCAGGAAGAGAACGCCUCCUUUGAAUAUUAAACCGUUUUUCUCUCUGCCUCGAUUUUAUUUAUCAUCUCAGGCUCUGGAAAAGAAGGGGAUAGGCCACUUAGAGGAGAAGGAGUUAAAAGACCGGAACAAACGGAUCCAGGAGGAAAACCGAUUGGAGCUUCAGAAGGUAAAAGCCAAAGUAGCAGUGAGCUGGGGGAGGGUAUCUCUGGGCAUGCGCAGAGUGCCUUUGCCUUAGAGAUGAAGCGCCAGUGCCACAAAAGGAGAGGACCGCCAGGGUCUGGAAGAUCUGAGCUGCAGGUUUGUUUGACCCUUGGGGAAUUGACCGGUAAUUCAGAUUUUGAUUGCCUGCUGAAUCUGCCCCUUUCCUGUGAACUUGGGAUUUAAGUGCUUUGUGGGUAGUUAACUCUUGUUUUUGCUUUGUACAUAUGUACUUAAACCUAGAUUGCUUUUCUUGUUGGUACCAAAUCUAUCCUUCGUUAGCCAAAUUGCUGAUUCUCUCUCUUUCUAUAUAUAUAUAUUAAGCAAUUUCAACAUAACAAUUUAUCAAUCGUAUAAUCACAUACAUUAUUAUUCCCACCCACCCCUUCCAUCCCUCCCUCCCACCAGGGACUUCCUUCAGCUCAUCUCCCUGAUUUCUCUGCGCAUAUUAUUCUCUGCACGUUAUAAAGUUAUACAUAUCCUUACCUUAUCUAUCUAUCAUGUUAUCAACCAGUAAAUUUGUGUUAUGUUUAUUCAAAACCUGCCAAGGAGUCUAGUUCAUUUUGUUACCUUUUUAGAUCAUUUGUAAAAAGCUCCCGUUCUUCCUUAAAGUCACAGUUGUCUUUGUCCCGCAGUUUGUAUGUCGAUUUAGCCAACUCUGCAUAAAUUCAAAACCAACCAAAAACGAAUCAGCGAUUCGAGUUGGCAAAUUGCUGGUUCUUUUCUGGUCGGUUUUGAAUUUACGGGCGUGUGCUGCGUUUUGCAUAUUUGUAUAUCCAGCGCUCUGUCGCUCGAUAUUUUGAGUGUUUGCCGCAGGGCUGCUUUGGGUACAGCUUGUUGCGGGAAAGCGGCACAUAAGUAAACACACACACACGAACACACACACACUGGGUCAUCUCUCUGUGGUAAAGGUAAAGGGACCCCUGACCAUUAGGUCCAGUCGUGGCUGACUCUGGGGUUGCGGCGCUCAUCUCGCUUUAUUGGCCGAGGGAGCCGGCGUACAGCUUCUGGGUCAUGUGGCCAGCAGGACUAAGCCGCUUCUGGCGAACCAGAGCAGCGCACGGAAACACCGUUUACCUUCCCGCCGGAGCGGUACCUAUUUAUCUACUUGCGCUGGCGUGCUUUUGAACUGCUAGGUGGGCAGGAGCAGGGACCGAGCAAUGGGAGCUCACCCUGUCAUUGCGGGGAUUGGAACCGCCGACCUUCUGAUCGGCAAGUCCUAGUCUCUGUGGUUUAACCCACAGCGCCACCCGCGUCCCCUCUCUCUGUGGUAGCUUAUCUUAAAGUUUUGAGUGUCUACAUGCUCACCGCAUUUAUAAAUUUCAAAUGUAUUGUUGUACAUUGUUUUAAAUGUUUGCUUUCCUUCUGGGGUUGUACCCCCAGGUGUGUUUUAUCAGCUGGUCUCCGACCGUAAUAAAUCACUGUAUUUUUUGCUCUAUAAGACUCCUAAAAAGUAAGGGGAAAUGUGUGUGCGUCUUAUGGAGCGAAUGCAGGCUGCGCAGCUAUCCCAGAAGCCAGAACAGCAAGAGGGAUUGCUGCUUUCGCUGCGCAGCGAUCCCUCUUGCUGUUCUGGCUUCUGAGAUUCAGAAUAUUUUUUUCCUUGUUUUCCUCCUCCAAAAACUAGGUGCGUCUCGUGGUCUGGUGCGUCUUACAGAGCGAAAAAUACGGUAUCUAUCUAUUGCACACACAUCAUCCGAACACCGCUCGUUCUCGGGUCUCUCUUUGCAGGUGAAGCAGUUGCGCUUGGAGCGGGAGCGCGAGAAGGCCAUGCGCGAGCAAGAGCUAGAGAUGCUUCAGAGGGAAAAGGAGGCGGAGCAUUUCAAGACGUGGGAGGAGCAAGAGGACAACUUUCACCUGCAGCAGGCAAAGCUGCGGUAAGUGAGGGGAGCAGGAAAGAAUGAGGGUUUCAGGGAUGCCAGAGGCUGAGAGACUCCAAGUCAUCCUGAGAGCCAGUGUGGUGUAGUGGUUAAGAGCGGUAGACUUGUAAUCUGGGGAACCGGGUUCGCGUCUCUGCUCCUCCACCUGCAGCUGCUGGGUGACCUUGGGCUAGUCUCACUUCUCUGAAGUCUCUCAGCCCCACUCACCUCACAGAGUGCUUGUUGUGGGGGAGGAAGGGAAAGGAGAUUGUUAGCCGCUUUGAGACUCCUUUAAAAGGUAAAGGGACCCCUGACCAUUAGGUCCAGUCGCGGCCGACUCUGGGGUUGUGGCGCUCAUUUCGCUUUACUGGCCGAGGGAGCCGGCGUACAGCUUCCGGGUCAUGCGGCCAGCAGGACUAAGCCGCUUCUGGCGAACCAGAGCAGUGCAUGGAAACGCCGUUUACCUUUCCGCUGGAGUGGUACCUAUUUAUCUACUUGCACUCUGACGUGUUUUCGAACUGCUAGGUUGGCAGGAGCAGGGACCGAGCAACGGGAGCUCACCCCGUCACGGGGAUUCGAACCGCCAACCUUCUGAUCUCACACUGAGAGCCAGUGUGGUGUAGUGGUUAAGAGCGGUGGACUCGUAAUCUGGGGAACCGGGUUCGCGUCUCCGCUCCUCCACCUGCAGCUGCUGGGUGACCUUGGGCUAGUCACACUUCUCUGAAGUCUCUCAGCCCCACUCACCUCACAGAGUGUUUGUUGUGGGGGAGGAAGGGAAAGGAGAAUGUGAGCCGCUUUGAGACUCCUUCGGGUAGUGAUAAAGCGGGAAAUCAAAUCCAAACUCUUCUUCUUCUUCUUCAAAGAAACAGAAAAGACAAUUGUAGCUUUAAGAACUGUUUCUGCGAGUGGUUUUCAAGGCUGAUUAGGUAUAGAAGGUGAUGUGUACAAAAGGAGAAGUUGCAGUUUGAAUUUGCCUGCAAAAGAGAAGACCCACAUGCUUUUAAUAAUAAUAAUAAAAUAAAUAAUAAUAAUAAUAAUACAGUGGAUGCUAGGGUUGCAAACGUGAUCCAUGUGGGAGGGCCUCAUCCUGCAGGGCUCUUUUUCUGAGCUCAGGCAAUAAUAAUAAUAAUAAUAAUAAAUAAUAAUAAUUUAUUAUUUAUACCCCAUCCACCUGGCUGGGUUUCCCCAGCCACUCUGGCCGGCUUCCAACAGAACACUAAAAUACAAUAACCUAUUAAACAUUAAAAGCUUCCCUAAACAUUAAAAGGGACGCGGUGGCACUUUCGCAACCCCAGAGUCAGCUACGACUGGACCUAAUGGUCAGGGGUCCCUUUACCUUUAAACAUUAAAAGCUUUGUGUUUGUAAGGUUGUAAAUAAAACUUUUGCUUGAGUAUUCUACAUCCUUCAGCCUGACCUCGUCUCCUUCGUGUUCUCCCGCCCCCUGCCCCCCGCAGCUCCAAGAUUCGCAUCCGAGACGGACGGGCCAAGCCCAUCGACCUCCUGGCCAAAUAUAUCAGCGCCGAGGACGACGACUUGGCAGUGGAGAUGCACGAGCCGUACACUUUCCUGAACGGCCUCACCGUCUCGGACAUGGAAGACCUCCUGGAAGACAUUCAGGUACGGCUGGGGAAAUUGAUUCAAAAUCAAAACAAAACAUAUUAUCCAGAAACAUAUCAUCCUUUAAUGAAUGUUAGAAUGAUGUUGGGUUGAAGUUAAGUGGUUUCUAGCUGUAAUGGUAAAAGAAUAUGGGAAAAUUGGAUUUUCGAAACGUCAAAACUUAAUGCUAUAAUAUAUUAAGAUUGAAGAUUAGGAUAAAAUAAGGAGGGAAAGGAAUUGCUGAACUAAUAUUGAACUGGAAUACAAAAAAGGGAGGCACGAGGAGGUUCGGGAAACAAGUAAAUGAAAGAUAAGUGAUGAAAAGAUGGAAUUGUUUUUAACUGGUUUUUUUUUGUAUUUUGUAUUUUGUAUUUUGUAUUUUUCUUUUUUCUAUUUUUCUUUUCUUAUCAAUGUAAUCUUUUUUUUGAAACUUUAAUAAAUAUCAUUUUAAAAAAAAACACCAGAAACAUAUCAUCCUUAUCCCCCACCCCAUUUUUCCUCCCUCCUACACAAACCCCACCCCCUGACUUCCCUUCGUUCCAGUCUUUGAUUUCUCUGAGAAUGCUAUUUUCUGCAUGUUACACAGUUGUAUAGAUCCUCAAACUAUUUCGCUGAUUAUUAUCAAUAAAAAGUUUGUGAAGGUUUAUUCAAAGCCAGCCAAGGAGUCCAGUUUGCUUUGUUGCCUCUUCAAAUACUUUGUAAAGGGUUCCCAUUCGUCCUUAAAGUCACGGUUAUCCUUGUCCCGUAGCUUAUAUGUCAGUUUUGCCAGUUCUGCAUAGUCCAUCAAUUUUUCUUGCCACGAUUCUUUAGUUGGGGUUUCUUCAGUCUUCCAUCCUUGUGCUAUUAGAACUCUCGCGGCCGUUGCCGCAUACAUGGAGAUAUUUUUCAGCUUUUUUGGCAGAUCUUUCCCUACAAUCCCUAAUGGUCCAGCGCUCACUUCCACACAUCACUACCGGGAAAACCAUGUAAGCAAAUGCAAACGCUGUAGAAAAUACGCUCUGGAUCACGAGCGGAACCACUGGAAUUAAUGGAUUCAAAUUAGUCAUGCCCGUUCGAUUUCAGUAGAAAUCGAAGCCGGGUGCAACGCUGCGAUCCUAUGCAGCGUGGCGAUUUUCGCAUACACCCCCGCCCUAAAUGAUAUAAAAUGGGAGUAAUGUAUUUGUGGGGGGCAGGUGUCAAGAAAAUCAAUUCCCUCCCCAGGCCUGAAAUGAGUCCAGAGCCUCAGCUGUUUCCCCCCUCUCUUCUCCAGGUUUACAUGGAGCUGGAACAAGGGAAAAACGUGGAUUUCUGGAGAGACAUGACCAUCAUCACCGAGGAUGAAAUCGCUAAGCUCCGCAAAUUAGAGGCUUCUGGGAAAGGGCCAGGUAGGUGUGAAUUGAAGCAUCGGAGGGCCUGCCUUGCUUGUGGAACCACAGAGCCUAGGACUUGCCGAUCAGAAGGUCGGCGGUUCGAAUCCCCGCGACGGGGUGAGCUCCCGUUGCUCGGUCCCUGCUCCUGCCAACCUAGCAGUUUGAAAGCACGCCAGUGCAAGUAGAUAAAUAGGUACUACUCCGGCAGGAAGGUAAACAGCGUUUCCGUGCGCUGCUCUGGUUUGCCAGAAGCGGUUCAGUCAUGCUAGCCACAUGACCCGGAAGCUGUACGCCGGCUCCCUCGGCCAGUAAAGCGAGAUGAGCGCCGCAACCCCAGAGUCGGCCACGACUGGACCUAACGGUCAGGGGUCCCUUUACCUUUAUGGAAGUAUAUUGUAUUUAAAAAUGGGGUGUCAGAGUUUUUAGGGGGCUAACCAGGCUGGGAUAGCUGGGACAGCAGGCUUGUUGGGCUUUGAAUGUCUUACGUAAAUUUUUCAAUUGCGUUGUUCUGUGUGGGACAAUGACAAUAAAGAUUAUCGUUUCAAGAGAAAGAGCUUCUGUGUGAAUGGAUAGGGAGCCCACAGUUCUUCAGAUCGACUUGGGGGUUGGAACACCGUCAGGUGAAAUUCAGGAUUCGCACCCAACCCCUCGGCCGGGGAGGCGGCGAGGUUCCUGGGCCCCCUCUCCUCUGCUCACGGCAUUUCCUUCCCCUCCUACGUCCUGCAGGCGAGCGCCGGGAAGGGGUUAACGCUUCGGUCAGCUCCGACGUGCAGUCUGUCUUUAAGGGGAAGACCUACAACCAGUUGCAGGUGAUCUACCAGGGCAUUGAGGGCAAGAUCCUGGCCGGAGGACCCAACCUGGACAUCGGCUACUGGGAGAGUCUCCUUCAGCAGCUGAAAGCCUACAUGGCCCGGGCAAGGUGAGUGGAUCGCCCUGAUCGGACCACCUUCCCACAGCGGCGGCCUAAUUUCUGACCUUGUUGUUGUUUAGUCGUUUAGUGGUGUCCGCCUCUUCGUGACCCGCUGGACCAGAGCACGCCAGGCCCUCCUGUCUUCCACUGCCUCCCACAGUUUGGUCAAACUCAUGCUGGUCGCUUCGAGAACACUGUCCCACCAUCUCGUCCUCUGUCGUCCCCUUCUCCUUUUGCCCUCCAUCUUUCCCAACAUCAGGGUCUUUUCCAGGGAGUCUUCUCUUCUCAUGAGGUGGCCAAAGUCUUGGAGCCUCAGCUUCAGGAUCUGUCCUUCCAGUGAGCACUCAGGGCUGAUUUCCUUCCGAAUGGAGAGGUUUGAUCUUCUUGCAGUCCAUGGGACUCUCCAGAGUCUCCUCCAGCACCAGAAUUCAAAAGCAUCCAUUCUUCGGCCAUCAGCCUUCUUUAUGGUCCAGCUUUCACUUCUAUACAUCACUCCUGGGAAAACCAUGGCUUUAACUAUACCAGGGGUCUGCAACCUUUAAGACAAAAAGAGCCACUUGGACCUGUUUCCGAAGAAAAAAAAAACUGGGAGCUGCAAAACUCGUCAUUAUAAAAAUAACUUUUUUGUCACUUUUUUAUUAGUCUCCUCCAGCACCAGAAUUCAAAAGCAUCCAUUCUUCGGCCAUCAGCCUUCUUUAUGGUCCAGCUCUCACUUCCAUACAUCACUACUGGGAAAACCAUAGCUGACCUUAAGUUUUUAAAAAUACUGUGGUCCCUUGGUUCUCAAACUCGAUCCGUUCCGGAGGUCCGUUCCAAAGCCAAAGCGUUCCAAAACCAAGGCGUGCUGCUUUCCUGUAGAAAGUAAGGUGAAACGGAUUAAUCCGUCCCAGACUUUUAAAAACAACCCCUAAAAAAGCAAUUGGGACGCGGGUGGCGCUGUGGGUUAAACCACAGAGCCUAGGGCUUGCCGAUCAGAAGGUCGGCGGUUCGAAUCCCUGCGACGGAAUGAGCUCCCGUUGCUCGGUCCCUGCUCCUGCCCACCUAGCAGUUCAAAAGCACCUCAAAGUGCAAGUAGAUAAAUAGGUACCGCUCUGGCGCGAAGGUAAACGGCGUUUCCGUGCGCUGCUCUGGUUCGCCAGAAGCGGCUUAGUCCUGCUGGCCACAUGACCCGGAAGCUGUACGCCGGCUCCCUCGGCCAGUAAAGCGAGAUGAGCGCCGCAACCCCAGAGUCGGCCACGACUGGACCUAACGGACCUAACUUAAAAACCUUUAAGUUUGAAGAUUUUUGGAUAAACAUAUCCUGUUAUUUUCUGCAUUUCUCAGAGAUAACAAGUGUGGGUAGAUCAACACGUUUUCUCUGCGUUUUCUCCUUCUCUCCCAGACUGAGGGAGCGCCACCAGGACGUCCUCCGCCAAAAACUCUACAAGCUGAAGCAGGAACAAGGAGUCGAGAGCGAGCCCCUCUUCCCCAUCAUUAAGAAGGAGUCUUCGCCCCCGGGAGGCUGCAGUAGCAGCAGCAGGUGAGCUGGAUUUGGGGGGCUCUCAGGACCAACGCGGGUGGCGCUGUGGGUUAAACCACAGAGCCUAGGACUUGCCGAUCAGAAGGUCGGCGGUUCGAAUCCCCGCAAUGAAGGGGUGAGCUCCCGUUGCUCGGUCCCUGCUCCUGCCAACCUAGCAGUUCGAAAGCAUGUCAAAGUGCAAGUAGAUCAAUAGGUACCGCUCCGGCGGGAAGGUAAACGGCGUUUCCGUGCACUGCUCUGGUUCGCCAGAAGCGGCUUAGUCCUGCUGGCCACAUGACCCGGAAGCUGGACGCCGGCUCCCUCGGCCAGUAAAGCGAGAUGAGCGCCGCAACCCCAGAGUCGGCCACGACUGGACCUAAUGGUCAGGGGUCCCUUUACCUUUACCUUUACAGGACCAACGUAGGACUUUCGGGACCAAUGUUACACGGUCCCGGCGGUCGGUCCCAGUCUCCAGCUUGGCAGCCGUGUUCUGGAUUAGUUACCAUUUCUGAAUCACCUUCAAAGGCAGCCCCACGGAAAGCACAUGGCAGUAGUCCAAGCGGGAGAUAACCAGGCAUGCACCACUCUGGCCAGACAGUCUGCGGCCAGGGAGGGUCUCAUCCUGUGUACCAGAUGGAGCUGCCCUGGACACAGAACUGACCUGUGCCUCCAUGGACAGCUGUGAGUCCAGAAUGACCCCCAGGCUGCCCGCCCAUCUGGCUGGGUUUCCUUAGCCACUCUGGGCAGCUCCCAACAGAAUAUUAAAACACAAUAAAACAUUAAGCACUUCCCUAAACAGGGCUGCCUUCAGAUGUCUCCUAAAAGCCAGAUAGUUGUUUAUUUCCUUGACAUCUGACGAGAGGGCGUUCCACAGGGCGGGCGCCACCACCGAGAAGGCCCUCUGCCUGGUUCCCUGUAACCUCACUUCUCGCAGGGAGGGAACCGCCAGAAGGCCCUCGGGAGAUGGACCCAGGUGUCCGGGCUGAAUGAUGGGGGUGGAGACGCUCCUUCAGGUCUACUGGGCCGUUUAGGGCUUUCAAGGUCAGCCCCAACCCUUUGAAUUGUGCUCGGAAACGUACUGGGAGCCAAUGCAGGUCUUUCAGGACAGGUGUUAUGUGGUCUCGGCGGCUGCUCCCAGUCCCCAGUUUGGCUGCCGCAUUCUGGAUUAGUUGCAGUUUCCGGGUCACCUUCAAAGGUAGCCCCACGGAGAGCGCAUGGCAGUAGUCCAAGUGGGAGAUAACCAGAGCAUGCACCACCCUGGUGAGACACUGCGUAGGCAUGGAGGGUCUUAGGUGGAGCUGGUAGACAGCUCAGAGCAGAAGGGAGCCAGGAUGUAGUGUUUAAGAGCGGUGGACUCAUGAUCUGGCGAACAGGGUUCGAUUCCCCGCUCCUCCACGUGCAGCUGCUGGGUGACUUUGGGCUAGUCACACUUCUCUGAAGUCUCUCAGCCCCACUCACCUCACAGAGUGUUUGUUGUGGAGGAGGAAGGGAAAGGAGAAUGUGAGCCGCUUUGAGAUUCCUUCGGGUAGUGAUAAAGCGGGAAAUCAAAUCCAAAAUCUUCUCUUCCCUUUCCGCAGGCUGGAGCCGGAGGACAGCGCCCCGGCGCAGCCCAGCACCUCUUCGGCCGAGCCCGGGGGCGCCGAGCCCGAAUCGGAGGCCAAGGCGGAGGGAGACGGGGAGGCGGUUCUGAUGGAGGAGGACCUCAUCCAGCAGAGCUUGGAUGACUACGACGCCGGGAAGUACAGCCCCCGCCUGCUGACGUCCCACGAGCUGCCCUUCGAUGCCCACGUGGUGGAGGCUGACGAGGACUGCCAGCGGCUCCUGCUCUGCCGGCAGCAGCUCCAGGUCACAGGUAGGAGGGGAAGGGGGCUGAGGUGGGCUCUGGGGCCGCGUCAAAGGGCUUGGCUUGGCGCCGCGGGGGGCAACUGCCCUGUGGAGCUUGCGGUUUAGGAGCAAGAACCUACCUGGCCUCAGGUCUCCUCUCAGGCCACGCCCACUUCCCUCAAGCCACGCCCUCUCAGCAGCCAACGCCGUUUGUUCGAGGCCACACCCCUUUAUUUAAACCACGCCCCUCUGCGAAGGCCGCGUAUCCCUUUGUCAGGGCCACACCCCUUUCUUCAAAUGACACCCUUUUCUUGAGGCCACACCCCUUUCCUUAAACCACACCCCCUCUUUGCAGGCCACACCCCUUUCUUUAAACCACACCCUCUCAAGGCCACACCUUUCCUUAAAUCACACCCCCUCCCUGCAGACCGCACACCCUUUUCUCGAGGCCACACCCCUUUCUAUAAACCACACCCUUCUCUGCACGCCACACCCCCUCCUUAGUCCACAGCCCCUCCCUGCAGGCCACACCCACCUUCCUUAAACCACACCCCCUCUGCGGGCCACAUGUUAGUUUCUCAAGGGCACACCCCUUUCUUUAAGCCACACCCUUCUCCGCAGGCCACACCCCCUCCUUCGUCCCCAGCUGCUCCCUGCAGGUUACACCCACCUUCCUCAAACCACACCCCCUCUCUGCGGACCACACGCCCCUUUCCCGAGGCCACGCCCCUUUCCCUUAAACCACACCCCUCUCCUCUGUCCACAACCCCUCUCCCAAGCCCAUACUCCCCUUUCCUCAAACCACACCCCUUCCCUUAAGCCACACCCUCCUCUCAGGCCCCCACCCCUUUCCUCCUCAACAUCCAUUGGCAGGGGGUUCCAAAGUCUAGCCGCUGCCACGCUAGACGCCCGAAUCCUCGCAAACCCGCUGCCCUCUCUGUCCCUCCCCAGGCGACGCCAGCGAGAGCGCGGAGGACAUCUUCUUCCGCCGCGCCAAGGAGGGCAUGGGGGCGGACGAGGCCCAGUUCAGCGUGGAGAUGCCUCUCACGGGCAAGGCCUACCUGUGGGCCGACAAGUACCGGCCCCGCAAGCCCCGAUUCUUCAACCGCGUUCACACCGGGUUCGAAUGGAACAAGUACAACCAGACGCACUACGACUUCGACAACCCGCCCCCCAAGAUCGUCCAGGGCUACAAAUUCAACAUCUUCUAUCCGGACCUCAUCAACAAGCGCUCCACGCCGGAGUACUUUCUGGAGGCCUGCCCGGACAACAAGGACUUCGCCACCCUCCGCUUCCACGCCGGACCCCCUUACGAAGACAUCGCCUUCAAGAUCGUCAACCGGGAGUGGGAAUACUCCCACCGCCACGGCUUCCGCUGCCAGUUCGCAAACGGCAUCUUCCAGCUCUGGUUCCACUUCAAGCGCUACCGCUACCGGCGGUGAGCGCGGGGGGCUUCCUCCGUGCCCCCCCAGGCCAGCGGAAGGGGCUCGUUCCCGCGCCGAAACCGGCUGCGUCGCCGCAAACCGCCGAGAUGUCCAACUUCUGUGCUGUUUGCUGGGCGUUUUUCCGUGACGGUUUUAGGGGCCGCCGACACCCCUCUAGAUGUUGUGGGGUUCCGGCCCCCGGCAAUUCCUGACCGUCCGGAUUCCAGAGCCCCCUAUUUUCCUCCAUCUCUGCUUUUAAGAGACACUCUUAAAAGCGAUAUGGGAUUUCCCCGUCCGGAGAAGAGGCACCCAAGACGGGAAUUCCUCUUCCGAAGAGAGUCACCCUCCCAUCAUUGCAUAGGGAAUUCUCCUUUUGGAAACAGGACUGGAGAACAUCUCAGAGAUACACCUGGUGUCCCAUCUUUUCCCAAAAUCGGCAGGUGUUCCCCAUCCUCCUUGCAGACACCAACAAUAACCCCCGACUCUUUCUCUCUCUGUGUAGAUUCCUACGACACUGAACGGAUCCGUUUGCCAGGCAUAGAUUACGUAUAUUUGUUAUUUUCUGAAGCAGGGGGCAAUGGCUUUGUGUACAUUUCCUUAGCGGUGCCAAAUCACCCUUUCGUAUAACCGUUCUCCCAGCGGCUCUCUCCGGAGAGCGCUGUCCCGGCACAAUAAAAAUUUUUAGAUGGUCCGAGCUGUCCUUUGCCGUCUUUUGCAAACUCUUGUCGAUGGGGAUGCACCAAUUUUGAGCGGGGCAAGAGGAGCAGAUCUGUCGUUAGGUAAGAGCUGCUGGACUCCCAACUCCCGUCAGAAGGUAAAGGUAAAGGGACCCCUGACCAUUAGGUCCAGUCGUGGCCGACUCUGGGGUUGUGGCGCUCAUCUCGCUUUAUUGGCCGAGGGAGCCGGCGUACAGCUUCCGCGUCAUGUGGCCAGCAGGACUAAGCCACUUCUGGCGAACCAGAGCAGCGCACGGAAACGCCAUUUACCUUCCCGCCAGAGUGGUACCUAUUUAUCUACUUGCACUUUGACGUGCUUUCGAACUGCUAGGUUGGCAGGAGCAGGGACCGAGCAACGGGAGCUCACCCCGUGGCGGGGAUUCGAACCGCCGACCUUCUGAUAAGUCCUAGGCUCUGUGGUUUAACCCACAGCGCCACCCGCGUCAGAUGUUAAGGGCUGUCAAACGGAAGAUGGGAUUAUUCCCCUUUCUUGCCUCCUGAAUCCUCUGGUUUGGUUUCGCGCCCUCCGGAGUAGUCGUGACUGGAGCUCAAAGAUGCCAUUUGCAGCCAGGCGAAAAGAUUUGGGGUGUGGUGAGGAACAUGGCCGCAUUCUGAGGGCCUGGUAAAGAUAAUAAUAAUAAUCUUAGUACAGUGGUACCUCGGGUUAAGUACUUAAUUCGUUACAGAGGUCCGUUCUGAACCUGAAACUGUCCUUAACCUGAAGCACUUUAGCUGACGGGGCCUCCCGCUGCCGCCGCUGCACGAUUUCUGUUCUCAUCCUGAAGCAAAGUUCUUAACCCGAUGUACUAUUUCUGGGUUAGCAGAGUCUGUAACCUGAAGCGUCUGUAACCCGAAGUACCACUGUAAUCAUAUUAAUAUUAAUUUAUGAUUUAUACCCUGCCCGUCUGGAUGGGUUUUCCCAGCCACUCUGGGCGGCUCCCAACAGAAUAUUAAAAACACAAUAAUUUUUUUAAAAAAACUUCCCUAAACAGGGCUGCCUUCAGAUGUCUUCUAAAAGUCAGGUAGUUCUUUCUCUCCUUGACAUCUGAUGGGAGGGCGUUGCACAAGGCAGGCGCCACCACCGAGAAGGCCCUCUGCCUGGUUCCCUGUAAACUCACUUCUCGCAGUGAGGGAGCCGCCAGAAGGCCCUCGGAGAUGGACCUCAGUGUCCGGGUAGAACGAUGGGGGUGGAGACGCUCCUUCAGGGAUACUGGGCCAUUUAGGGCUUUAAAGGUCAGCACCAACACUUUGAAUUCUGCUCGGAAACGUACUGGGAGCCAAUGUAGGUCUUUCAGGACCGGUGUUAUGUGGUCCCAGCGGCCGCUCCCAGUCCCCAGUCUGGCUGCCGCAUUCUGGAUUAAUUGCAGUUUCCGGGUCACCUUCAAAGGUAGCCCCACAGAGAGUGCAUGGCAGUAGUCCAAGCGGGAGAUAACCAGAGCAUGCACCACUCUGGCCAGACAGUCUGCGGGCAGCAAAGGUCUCAUCCUACGUACCAGAUGGAGCUGCCCUGGACACAGACCUGACCUGCGCCUCCAUGGACAGCUGUGAGUCCAAAAUGACCCCCAGGUGGAGAGGCACAGAGGGCCGCAUUUGAGGGCCAUCCUGAGGCCGGAGAUUUCCCACCCGUGGUCAAUAAACUUGUUUCGCGGUUGACCUAACGUGUGUCGCAAGAACUCAAUUCUGCGCCUCUCGUGGAAUUACAGAUGUCCUAAAUGAACAAGAGAUGACUUCAUCGGCUCUUUUGCAAUCUGUGAUUAUUAUUAUUAUUUUGGAGGGUGGGGGGCGGAAGAGAACCGAACUCUGUAAUGAGCGAGACAUCAGAUGCUCUUGAUAAACAAAUGCAUAAGUCAUAAUUCCUUAAUGGACUUACUGGAACCGCUCUCCAAAUGUUAAUUCGUGGCUGGGGGGGGGUCGAUGCGUUUGAAACAUUUUAAAGCUCUGAUGAAGCUUCAGAAGAUGGGGCCAUGUUCCCAGAUCUUUCCCGUAAGCCUCAUUGCCGUUUCUCCGUGGGGUAGUCCCCCCUCCCUCCACGAAACAGCGCAGUCUCCGGGGGGGGGGGGAGGGGAAGGACUGGGGAAGUUUUGAGGGUCCUAGUGGGGCUGCCUGUUGUCUUUGUCCAUGGAGUUUUCUUGGCAGGGAUAUUGGAGUGGCUUGCCGGUUCCUCUUCCAGGUGGAUAUUGUCUGUAUAUUGUCUCCCUGCUUAUUUAACUUAUAUGCAGAAUUCAUCAUGCGAAAGGCUGGGCUGGAUGAAUCCCAAACCGGAAUUAAGAUUGCCAGAAGAAAUCAAACCUAGCCAUUCUGAAAUCAAAGAAGAUCAAACCUCUCCAUUCUGAAGGAAAUCAGCCCUGAGUGCUCACUGGAAGGGCAGAUCCUGAAGCUGAGGCUCCAAGACUUUGGCCACCUCAUGAGAAGAGAAGACUCCCUGGAAAAGACCCUGAUGUUGGGAAAGAUGGAGGGCACAAGGAGAAGGGGAUGGCAGAGGAUGAGAUGGUGGGACAGUGUUCUCGAAGCUACCAACAUGAGUUUGACAAAACUGCAGGAGGCAGUGGAAGACAGGAGGGCCUGGCGUGCUCUGGUCCAGGGGGCCACGAAGAGGCGGACACGACUAAAUGACUAAACAACAACAGUGGGGCUGCUUUCCGCCUGCCGAGGGCCGCCGGAACCCUACAGGACAACUCUGGGCAUCUACUUCCAGAAACUUGUAAAAACACGUAGAACUUGUGCCCUGGGUCGGCGUCCCCACUCGUCCUCCCGACACAUCCCUUUUUCCUUUUGUGCCGUGCCUUUCAAGUCUGAGAGGGCAGAAACUUGCCUAGCAAAUUACCUUGGGACAGGGAGGAUGGGAGUUUUAGUCCCCAAAACAGACGGAGACCCCAGUUUGGGAAAUAGAUGUUUGUUCAGACACCCCAGAGAUCAGGAACCAGGCAGGGCACCCCCAAAUCUGACACCGAAGGUCUCUUUGAGUGUGGAGCUUUUAUUUUUUAUGAAAUCAAAGCUGUUGAGCUUUUUAUAAGAAAGCACUCAGGGCUGAUUUCCUUCAGAAUGGAGAGGUGGGAUCUUCUUGCAGUCCAUGGGACUCUCAAGAGUCUCCUCCAGCACCAGAAUUCAAAAGCAUCCAUUCUUCGGCGAUCAGCCUUCUUUAUGGUCCAGCUCUCACUUGCAUACAUCACUACUGGGAAGACCAGAGCUUUAACUAUACAGAUCUUUGUCGGCAAGGUGAUGUCUCUGCUUUUUAAGAUGCUGUCAAGUUUUAUCAUCGCUUUUCUCCCAAGAAGCAGGCGUCUCUUAAUUUCGUGACUGCUCUCACCAUCUGCAGUGAUCAUGGAGCCCAAGAAAGUAAAAUCUCUCACUGCCUCCAUUUCUUCCCCUUCUGUUUGCCAGAAGGUGAUGGGCCCAGUGGCCAUGAUCUUAGUUUUUUUUUGAUGUUGAGCUUCAGACAAUAUUUUGCGCUCUCCUCUUUCACCCUCAUUAAAAGGUUCCUCGAUUCCUCCUCACUUUCUGCCAUCAAGGUUGUGUCAUCUGCACAUCUGAGGUUGUUGAUAUAAAAAGGUAAAGGGACCCCUAACCAUUAGGUCCAGUAGUGGCCUACUCUGGGGUUGCGGCGCUCAUUUUGAUUUACUGGCCGAGGGAGCCGGCGUUCAGCUUCCGGGUCAUGUGGCCAGCAGGACUAAGCCGCUUCUGGCGAACCAGAGCAGCGCACGGAAACGCCGUUUACCUUCCCGCCGGAGUGGUACCUAUUUAUCUACUUGCACUUUGAUGUGCUUUCGAACUGCUAGGUUGGCAGGAGCAGGGACCGAGCAACGGGAGCUCACCCCGUUGCGGGGAUUCGAACUGCCGACCUUCUGUUUGGCAAGUCCUAGGCUCUGUGGUUGACAUAAAGGUAAAGGUAAAGGGACCCCUGACCAUCAGGUCCAGUCAUGACUGACUCUGGGGUUGCGACGCUCAUCUCGCUUUAUUGGCCAAGGGAGCCAGCGUUCAGCUUCCGGGUCAUGUGGCCAGCAGGACUAAGCCCUUCUGGCGAACCAGAGCAGCGCACGGAAACGCAGUUUACCUUCCCGCCGGAGCGGUACCUAUUUAUCUACUUGCACUUUGAUGUGCUUUCGAACUGCUAGGUUGGCAGGAGCAGGGAACGAGCAACGGGAGCUCAGCCCGUCGCGGGGAUUCGAACUGCUGACCUUCUGAUCGGCAAGUCCUAGGCUCUGUGGCUGAUAUAGUUUUCUUUUAUUCUGUCGACUUCCCUCCCAGUUCUGUGGCAAGGUGAUGUCUCUGCUUUUUACCUUACUGGGCUGAGUUCUUGCGGGCUGAGCUGGGGCCCGAAGGCCAAAGAUUCCCCCUUGCUCUCUACUUUCCUUGCAAACAGCUGCCUCUGGCGCACAGCUAGAUAUUUCCUGCAAAGCGUCUCUGCGUUUUCACCCCUCUGCCAAUGUCAGCCCCCUCCAGAGCCUUGUUCCAUUUAGCAAUGGCGUGUCUCCAGCUGUCUCAUUCCCCCUGCCCCAUAGGGAGCAGAUAAACUCUGGGGCCUGGUGCCAGACCCCUACAAGAUACGGCCCGAGGGCGCCAGCAACCUCCCGCCGGGGAUUCUUCUCGCGCCGAGUGAAGCCGUUUUGUCUUUCAUAAUGCCUUUUCCUCCAAGCCCGGAUUCCCAGAAGUGUGGGGGGCAAGGCGGUGGAGGUGUUAAUAGAGAAAUCUGAGGAGAGGAAAGAGACAUUAGCCGGGCACCCACAAAAAGAUCCAUCAGUUCCACACUGUUAACGGAGAAAUCUGAGGGCUCUCUUGGACAAAAAACAAGGACACCAGCCAGGAAUACCAGAGCAAAACAGCAGCCAGUAGGCUUGGUCUUUAUUGAAGACAGUCGUGACAGGACUCCCACCUGCCACCAGGUGGAACAAGAUGGAAGCCCCGAACAAAAGCGAACCCAAAGUUUUAUUAGCUGCUAAUCUCCAUGUUGUUGUUGUUUAGUCGUGUCCGCCUCUUUGUGACCCCCUGGACCAGAGCACACCAGGCCCUCCCGUCUUCCACUGCCUCCCGCAGUUGGGUCAAACUCAUGUUUGUAGCUUCGAGAACACUGUCCCACCAUCUCGUCCUCUGCCGUCCCCUUCUCCUUGCGCCCUCCAUCUUUCCCAACAUCAGGGUCUUUUCCAGGGAGUCUUCUCUUCUCAUGAGGUGGCCAAAGUCUUGGAGCCUCAGCUUCAGGAUCAAUCCUUCCAGUGAGCACUCAGGGCUGAUUUCCUUCCGAAUGGAGAGGUUUGAUCUUCUUGCAGUCCAUGGGACUCUCCAGAGUCUCCUCCAGCACCAGAAUUCAAAAGCAUUCAUUCUUCGGCCAUCAGCCUUCUUUAUGGUCCAGCUCUCACUUCCAUACAUCACUACUGGGAAUGCAAGAUAAAUAGCAAAAACAAAAGUGCCAAACUUAACCCAUUUCAGAAGUCUGUUUGACUUCUGAAAUGUUCAGAAACCAAGGCACGGCUUCUGAUUGGCGCAGGCGCCCCGGAAACAAUAGCCGACAGUCGCAUCAGACUUUUGGCUUCCGAAAAACGUUCGAAAACCGGAACAUUUUCUUCUGGGUUUUCAGUGUUUGGGAACCAAGGAGUUUGAGAACCAAGGUACCACAAUAAUAAUAAUAAUAAUAAUAAUAAUAAUAAUAAUAUUGCAUUGCAAACUGAUGUGCAGAACUUACGAUUGGGAUGAGGAACUGAAAUGGAAAGGUGGACUCAUCCCUGAGGUAGAUCUGAAAAUUAGCAUAUGCAAAUGAUAUGCAUAUUUGCAUAUUGUGAUCUUGAGUCUUUUAGAACCUAGUAACAGGGGUCCUUUACCUUUACCUUUUAACUGCUGUGUGAGCAAGUGGCUUUCAGACACUAAAUCAGUGGUGUCAAAACUUUUUUCAAAGAGGGCCAGAUUUAUUUUACCCCAGAGUUAUUGAGCUUUGUCCGGAUUUCCCCCCAAAGUUGUUGACCUUUUUUUUACGAUUGAAGCUAUCGAUCUUCUUUUUGGAUUUUUUUACCCCAGGAAACAAACUGCCGCAGGGGCCGAAUGACACCGACCAGCUACCCAGACAUUGAACAUGCCUGCACUAAACCAAAAUAAAGGAAAGGAAAGUCCUUGCCUUCAGCCUUAUUAAAUCUAAAACAGACACAGCAGGAAAGGAAAGGGGAUCUGGAGGGAGAAGGAAAUCCGUCAGCUCAAGUUUGAGUUCUGAGCCGUACCAUCUCUGCCUGUGAAUUUGCGGCUUUUGUUUGCUGAGCAUAUAUGGCUACGUGGUCAGACCGAAAAGCCGCGAAGGAGGGAUCCGAUUGCAGUUUUACAAGGUGGUUUCGCUUUUUCCAUUUUUGACUCUGUUUAAAAUCAUUGGUAGCCGCCUGGGAUCAUGGAGGGUUAUUGAUCCAGCAGGGAUCAAUUGAUUACAGAUCUCACCAUGCUGAAUUCAUAUAUAGUUGUUGUUGUUUAGUCGUUUAGUCAUGUCUGCCUCUUCGUGACCCCCUGGACCAGAGCACGCCAGGCACUCCUGUCUUCCACUGCCUCCGCAGUUUGGUCAAACUCAUGCUGGUAGCUUCGAGAACACUGUCCCACCAUCUCGUCCUCUGUCGUCCCCUUCUCCUUGUGCCCUCCAUCUUUCCCAACAUCAGGGUCUUUUCCAGGGAGCCUUCUCUUCUCCUGAGGUGGCCAAAGUCUUGGAGCCUCAGCUUCAGGAUCUGUCCUUCCAGUGAGCACUUAGGGCUGAUUUCCUUCCGAAUGGAGAGGUUUGAUCUUCUUGCAGUCCAUGGGACUCUCCAGAGUCUCCUCCAGCACCAGAAUUCAAAAGCAUCCAUUCUUCGGCGAUCAGCCUUCUUUAUGGUCCAGCUCUCACUUCCAUACAUCACUACUGGGAAAACCAUGGCUUGAACUAUACGGACCUUUGUUGGCAAGGUGAUGUCUCUGCUUUUUAAGAUGCUGUCUAGGUUGGUCAUUGCUUUUCUCCCAAGAAGCAGGCGUCUUUUAAUUUCGUGGCUGCUGUCUCCAUCUGCAGUGAUCAUGGAGCCCAAGAAAGUCAAAUCUCUCACUGCCUCCAUUUCUUCCCCUUCUAUUUGCCAGGAGGUGAUGGGACCAGUGGCCAUGAUCUUCGUUUUUUUUGAUGUUGCGCAUCAGACCAUAUUUUGCACUCUCCUCUUGUAUAUAUUAACCAGCCUCAUUUUCUUGCUCUGUUUUCUUGCUACGAUUCACUGAGCAGCAUAGUUCUUUAUCUCUGUUUUUCUUCAGCAGAACUGUCAAAUCCGAUGAAAGACACAGCCGAGCCCCACAAAAGAUGAAAGGGCUAUCGAAGAUUCAUUAUCCUCAUGUCUGGCUCUGCAUGAGAUAGCUUUUUAUUUUCUAUUAAUCCCUGCAUGUCAAGUUUCCAGACCUCAUGGCUGCAAGAGAAAAUGCCUAAAAGCAUUCGUAUAUCAAGUUUCUAGACCUCAUGGUUGCAAGAGAAAAUGGCUAAAAGCAUUCGUAUAUCAAGUUUCUAGACCUCAUGGUUGCAAGAGAAAAUGCCUAAAAGCAUUCGUAUAUCAAGUUUCUAGACCUCAUGGUUGCAAGAGAAAAAUGCCUAAAAAAGCAUUCAUAUAUCAAGUUUCUAGACCUCAUGGUUGCAAGAGAAAAUGCUUAAAAGUAUGCAUAUGUCAAGUUUCUAGACCUCAUGGUUGUAAGAGAAAAUGCCUAAAUAUCAAAAGCAUUCAUAUAUCAAGUUUCUAGACCUCAUGGCUGCAAGAGAAAAUGCCUAAAAGCAUAUCGUUGUGGUUCCCAUCAUUCGGCAAAUCGUUUCUUCCCCACCCCUCUAUAAAAUUCCUCUGCCUGCAGGCCUCGCUUAAUUGACAAUUAAUUCUCAGCUGAAAACACGGUUUUGCCAAUUAUGCGGUCAUUUUUAUGGGCAUUUUGGGGUUUCUUUUCAUUAUCGUCGCCUGGGCGAGCUGUUUCCCGGGCAAAGCGAAGGAACGAAACGAUCAGAAACGUCGCCGAAUAGAAUCAAAUAAUUUUUAGUGUUUGGAGGGACAGGAAAUGCAGCGCGAUGUGUUGGAUCGCACUUGAUGCGCCAAAACAUCAUCUCAGCUCCCUGCAAAACAAAGUUCGCUGCUCCUUGGCUGUCCUCUAAUCCUCUUGCAAACAAAUCACGAGGAAUUCUCAAUAAACAGGUCAUCUGGGAGGGCUUGUUAAUCCCCGCAGAAAGCCGAAAAAACAACUUGCGUUGCCCAUCUUUGGAGAUCCCAAAUAAACCACCGUUGGCAAGGCCGAUUCUCUGCGAAGCUGCGAGUUCGUGUUCUGGAAUUGCAGGAAGCCGGUCAGUCUGCGAAUCAUUUCCCUUCCUCCCGAAAGGAGAGUCAAACUUUAUAAGUCCUUGCAACCAUGAGGUCUAGAAACUUGAUAUUUAGGCAUUUUCUCUUGCAACCACGAGGUCUAGAAACUUGAAAUAUGAAUGCUUUUAGGCAUUUACUCUUGCAGCCAUGAGGUCUAGAAACUUGAUAUUUAGGCAUUUUCUCUUGCAACCAUGAGGUCUAGAAACUUGACAUGCAGGGAUUAAUAGAAUUAAUUAACAGAAAAUAGAUUAAUAGAAAAUAAAAAGCUGUCAUGAGGUCUAGAAACUUGAUAUACCUCCCAAAAGCCUCUUCCCAAAAAGCCAAAGAAGUUCUCCCGUUUUCCCUCCAGGGGGAAAACUACUCCAAGUCUCCUCCUUUAUCUCUCUCUCUCUCUCUCUCUCUGCAAUCUUUUCCCUGAAAAGGGAUGAGCCGCCCAGCCUCCUCUCUCUUGGUCCCUCCCUUUUUCCUACCCAGUUCUCCAAAAAAAAGCGCAUUUUCUCAGAUGCAUCAGACAGACGAAGUGGGGCAAAGGGACCACUCUCUUCGCUGACUCCCAAGAAUUAGCGCUCAACUUCUGGGAACUUAGACUGGGAAAGGGUAUGUAGCCCAAAUCAUUGUUUUAAGGGUGAUGGUGAUGGUUUUUAUACUGGUUUUUAUGCUGCUGGUGGUGAGUCUUUUGCAAGCCUGAUGGUUGUUGGUUUUUUUUUAGCAAAGGCUUGUUGGAGCACAUCCUCCAGCCGGAAAAAAAAGCGGUUUUAUUUCAAGGCGCAGAAGGGGAAGCGAGGCUCCGGGAGAGAUAAGGGAAGAGGGCGAGGGAGGGAUGGGGAGAAGGGACUGGGGAGGAGAGGGAUGUGGGCAGUGAAAGGGGGGAGGGGGUGGGGGAGGGAAGAAAAGAAAAGAAAAGAAAAGAAAAGAGAGAAGAAGGAAAGAAGGAAGGAGAGAGAGAGCGAGAGCGAGAGCGAGAGAGAGAGAGAGAAUGAAGGGUAUUUAAGAGGGAAGGGGCUGGGGAGGGAGGGAAGGAAGAAAAGAAAGAAAGAAAGAAAGAAAGAAAAGAAAGAAAGAAAGAAAGAAAGAAAGAAAGAAAGAAAGAAAGAAAGAAAGAAAGAAAAGAGAGAGAGAGAGAGAGAGAGAUGGGUUUUGAAGAGGGAAGGAAGGAAGGAAGGAAGGAAGGAAGGAAGGAAGGAAGGAAGGGAGAGAGAGAGAGAGAGAGAGAGAGAGAGAGAUGGGUAUUGAAGAGGGAAUGGGAUGGGGGAGGGAAGGAAGAAAAGAAAGAAAAGAAAGAAAGAAAGAAAGAGAGAGAGGGGGGGGGGAAGGGAUGGGUUUUGAAGAGGGAAGGGGAGGGGAAGGAAGAAAAGGAAGGAAGGACAGAAGGAAGGGGAGAGGGGUUAUUAAAGAGAAAAGGGGAGGGGAGGGAAGGAAGAAAAGGAAGGAAGGAAGGAAGGAAGGGGAGAGAGAGAGAGAGAGAGAGAGAGAUGGGUAUUGAAGAGGGAAGGGGAGGGGAAGGAAGAAAAGGAAGGAAGGACAGAAGGAAGGGGAGAGGGGGGUAUUAAAGAGAAAAGGGGAGGGGAGGGAAGGAAGAAAAGAGAGGAAGGAAGGAAGGAAGGAAGGAAGGAAGGAAGGGCAAUGUGUUCUCACCCAGAAGCCCUCAUUUCGCCUUCUCAGGCUCUGAAAGUUGCUAUGGGCAAGGGAGAGAUGCACUCUGCACGCGCUCAGAGGCCCUGGGUGCCUCAAAUGCUCUUGCGGAGAGGCAGGACAAAGGCGGAGUAAGAUGAAAGAAUGGAGAACUGAAGACACUCUCCUGUCAUUCAAAAUACAUCCUUUGGAUUGGGGGGGGCAUUUGACGUGUGUCCCCACUUAAUUUGAUCCCUGUGUACUCCAUGUCCGUCGCUGCCUCCUGAAGGAGUGCAUUCCUCACUUUACCAAUCCUUAAAAAUUUACAUUUGUAUAUAUUAUUUAUCAUUUUCGGCUUUAAAACAGUCAUAUAAAUGGCAGAAUUUAAAUGAUUGAAUUUAAUACAUUAGACUUCCCUUUUCCCCUCUGUUUUGUUUUCCUUUUUGCAUAUUCUAAUUACCGGUAAUCCCUUUCCCCCCAUUUUCCUGAUUCCAGUUAUACAUUAACUGCUUGGUUUAUUCUAUUUUUUUUAAUUAAUAUUUAUUAAAGUUUCAGAAAUAAUAAAAUCACAUUAAUAAACAAGAAAAUUUUUAACAAAAACAGAGAAAAAUACACCAUACAAAAUACAAAAUAGAAAAAAGUAACAAAAGAAAAAAGAAAAAAAGAAAAAAACAGUUAAAAAUAGUUCCGUCUUUUCAUAACUUCUUUUACAUUUACUUGUUUCCCGGACUUCCUCAUACCUCCCUCUUUUGUAUUCCAAUUCAGUUUGUAAGCCCAGCAAUUUCUUUCCCUCCUUUUAAUUCCAAUCCUAAAUCUUAAUAUAUUAUGACAUUAGAUUUUUACCUAUUUAGAACCAAUUUUUCCAUUUCUCUUAACCUUUGAUCCUAAUCCUUAAUCUUGAUAUAUUUAUAGCUUUAAAACCUGUACAGCUAGAAGCCACUUAACUUCAAUCCAACAUCACUCUAACAUUCAUUAAUUUUAACUGCUUGGUUUAUUCUAACCCUGCUAACGUCUAAAGUGGUUUGCAAUCAUUUUUCAAACAUGCUACGAAUCUUCCCCCCGUUCUUUUUUAAAAGAGUUAUUUAUUCCUGAUCUGGUUUAAUUCUACCUUUUCUUUUAUCCAUCCUAAAUCUUUAAACAUUGGGCUUCCUUGAAAUUCGGCAAUGAGUUCUGGUAUUACGCUGAGAGUUGUCAAUCCGGAACGUCGCCAUUAUGGGCAGUAAUGAUUGACAGCAGUCAGUCUCCAUCCAAUUGUCUCUGAUCUGCUUUCUAAUCUCGAACGAUAAGGCUAUCAAUUCGCGCCAGUCACGAUGGUUUUAUAUUGCCUUCAGUCUCUGAUAAAACAUGCUUGUAAAAAAAAAAGCCAUUUUCCCCAGCCUUGCCAAAGGACAAUUAUACAGGACUUUCUUGUUUUUGGUUUUCCCCCAAUUCCAAUUUCAUUAUUUUUUUAAAUAGAAAAAAACAGGAAAGAUGCAUUUUAUCAAAUCAAAUUGACUCCUCCCGCUCCCCCUUUCUGCAGUUACCUAUAUUGUUGACACUUAUCGCUGCACCCCUAAUUUUAAUCUUCUUAUAUAUAUUAUUAUUAUUUUAUACUCCCUUCAAAUCUCUUAACUGCUUGGUCUUAAGUCAGUCCAGUUUAAGGUGUGUUUUUUACAACGGUUCCGAAAUUUCCCCCCAUUCAGUAUUUAAAAAGUCUGCUGUCUCGAUUUCUUGUUUUUCCGGGAAGUUUCUUCUCAUUUGUGAAUAUUCCGUUAGUUUUAAUUGCCAGUCUUCUUCAGUUGGAAAUGACUCUUUUUUUCCAUUUCUGGGCGUAUAUCGUUCUGGCAGCAUAAAAAAAAAACCAGUUUCUCCUGAUAUUUAGGUACCUCUGAGUCCAAUAUUCCUAACAGGAAUACUUCCGGUUUCUUAACAAUAAUAAACUCAGGGGACAAAGAAACAAAUGGAUAAACGCGAGGAACAAGCACGAAUGAAUGAAUCUUCGUUUGCGUCAGCCACCAGCCAUUGCAAUAAAACAACAGCACGAUAGACAAAGAAUAGAAAUAAAAAGUCAAUUAUAUACAAUACAUUUUAGGGUUUUGAAUAGUGGAUCUUAUUCUGAUUGCCCCAGCUAAAAAGCUUGCCACCUUUGCCGUCACCUGCUCAUCUGGAUCUGCCAAGAGAAAGGACACUUCCUUCCUUCCUUCCUUCCUUCCUUCCUUCCUUCCUUCCUUCCUUCCUUCCUUCCUUCUCUCUCUCUCUCUCUCUCUCUCUCUCCCUCCCUCCCUCCCUCCCUUCCUUCUCUCUCAGUUUCUUUUUCCUUCCUUUCUUCUUUCUCUCUCUCUCUCUCCCUUCCUCCCUUCUUUCCUUCCUUCCUUCCUUCCUUCCUUCCUUCCUUCCUUCCUUCUCUCUCAGUUUCUUUUCCUUCCUUCCUUUCUUCUCUCUCUCUCUCUCUCUCUCUCUCUCUCCCUUCCUUCCUUCCUUCUCUCUCUCUCUCUCUCUCUCCCCCUUCCUUCCUUCCUCUCUCUCUCUCUCUCUUUCUCUCUCUCUUCUCCAUAUCUCUCUCUCUCUCUCUCUCUCAUCUUGACCUGCCAAGAGAAAGGACACUGGGGCAGUGGCUGGGCGACUGGGAAUGGACGAUAAAAGAGGGGUGAUAAUCUCAUUCCUCAAGUCUUUAUCAAGAGGGCAAGCCAGAAGGGCAUGUGCCACCGAUUCGGGACUGCCAUCUCCACAGGGACAUUUUUCGUGUUGGAAUCGUCCCUCAAAUCCAUCCGAGGGCAAGACAUUCAAUCUCGCGAGCGUAAAAGCGCGUCUAUAUUUUAGAGCAAGCAAGUGAAUCUUCUCAUUCCCUGCAUCCUCAGAUAUCUGCUCUCUUUCAGGAUUCGAAACGCGCUUUUCCUCCUCCCUCCUCCUCUUUCCUUCCUUUCCCCUCUGCAAUAUGUUCGGUCAGGAAAAAACCGAAAACACCUUCCAUAUGAAACCCUAUCGCCCCACUGCGCCGAAAUGAAUCUCUCUUGUGUGUCAGCUCGGCUUUCGAGUCUCCAAAUAUUUGGACGCUCCUUUCAGCCGUCACUUAGCCUAGAUCUAAACAUUUCGGUUCUUCUUGGCAGCUAUAAAUCUCCCUCCCGUCUUCAAGAGCUUAGGCUGAGCGUUCUUGAGAGGGUGGCGUACAGUUCUGGAAAACGCGUGGUGCCUGGGGGUUCAGAAGCAGCCAGGGGCUAAAAAAACACACAAAACCAGUUGAUUCCCAGGGUCUGGGCGCAGAGGAAGGACGGCAGGAUCUGUCCCUAGUUUCUCGCGCGUCCACAAGGAACGCCGUGAACCCAGAUAGCCGAAUCAAUCACCGUCAUAUUUUCAAAACAUGCCAUGGCCAACUACGAAAGAGGGAGGGGAAACGCCAACAAUCUUGCAAACGACAUCAGCCCUGGGAGAUUGCAUGAAACAGAAAAUGAAAAGUUAGGAACGUUGCCAUGAUGAAAUCCUAGCUCUCCUCUGAGACAAUAUUAUUUAUUGCUCAGACAUGAAGCCCCUCCGUGCCAGUUACAGGGAGGGAUUUGGGUCGGUCACCCAGCAAGGUUAUCUGACCCUCCAAAACAGGCGUGGAAGGAGAUACUUGAUGCAAUUCGUGGCGAAACAUGAGAUAAGGAGAUUCCUGCUGCGUUGCGCCAGUGCGUAACUUCCAACAUUUAUCCGAUUAAAACAGGCAUGUCCUAUUCAGGAAUAGGGACGCGGGUGGCGCUGCGGGUUAAACCACAGAGCCUAGGACUUGCCGAUCAGAAGGUCAGCGGUUCGAAUCCCCGCAAUGACGGGGUGAGCUCCCGUUGCUCGGUCCCUGCUCCUGCCAACCUAGCAGUUCGAAAGCACGUCAAAGUGCAAGUAGAUCAAUAGGUACCGCUCCAGCGGGAAGGUAAACGGCGUUUCCGUGCGCUGCUCUGGUUCGCCAGAAGCGGCUUAGUCCUGCUGGCCACACGACCCGGAAGCUGUACGCCGGCUCCCUCGGCCAAUAAAGCAAGAUGAGCGCCGCAACCCCAGAGUCGGCCACGACUGGACCUAAUAGUCAGGGGUCCCUUUACCUUUACCUAUUCAGUAAUAAUAAUAAUACAGUGGUACCUCGGUUUUCGAACAUUUUGGAAGUCAAACAUUUCGGUUUUCGAACGCCGAAAACCCGGAAGUAAAUGCUUCUGUUUUCAAACAGAAGUCAAACAUCUUUCCACUGUGUGUACAUGUUAUUUUCCCACAGUUUUUGCAGACAUCCCUUUGCGCCUCGGUUUCCGAACUUUUCGGAAGUCGAAGGGUCUUCCUGAAUGGGUUACGUUCGAAAACCGAGGUACCACUGUAUCAUAAUGAUAAUAAUGUUAUCGUUUAUACCCCACACACUCUGGGCGGCUUCCUACGUAUAUAAAAACAUAAUGAAACAUUAAACAUUUUUUUAAAACUUCCCUACACUGUACAGGGCUGCCUUCAGGUGUCUUCUAAAGGUUAUUUAUCUCCAUGGCUUCUGGUUUGCAUAACUCCGUAUCCUCCAACAUUUCUCCAAUGAAAAUGUUGUUGUUGUUUAGUCGUUUAGUCAUGCCCGAUUCUUCGUGACCCCAUGGACCAGAGCAUGCCAGGCCCUCCUGUCUUCCACUGCCUCCCACAGUUUGGUCAAACUCAUGCUGGUAGCUUCGAGAACACUGUCCCACCAUCUCGUCCUCCGACGUCCGCUUCACCUUGUGCCCUCCAUCUUUCCCAACAUCAGGGUCUUUUCCAGGGAGUCUUCUCUUCUCAUGAGGUGGCCAAAGUCUUGGAGCCUCAGCUCCAGUGUCCAGUGAGCACUCAGGGCUGAUUUCCUUCAGAAUGGAGAGGUUGGAUCUUCUUGCAGUCCAUGGGACUCUCAAGAGUCUCCUCCAGCACCAGAAUUCAAAAGCAUCCAUUCUUCGGCAAUCAGCCUUCUUGAUGGUCCAGCUCUCACUUCCGUACAUCACUACUGGGAAAAUCACAGCUUGAACUAUAUGGACCUUUAUUGGCAAGGUGAUGUCUCUGCUUUUUAAAAUGCUGUCUAGGUUUGUCAUUGCUCUUCUCCCAAUGAAAAUAGGGACAUGCUAAGGAAAAGCGGGACAUUUCGGGUACCGAAAUAAAUAGGUACCGCUGCGGCAGGAAGGUAAACAGCGUUUCCGUGUGCUCUGGUUUCCGUCAUGCGCCAGAAGCGGUUUAGUCCUGCUAGCCACACGACCCAGAAAGCUGUCUGCGGACAAACGCCGGCUCCCUCUGCCAGUAAAGCGAGAUGAGCGCCGUAACCCCAGAGUCACCUUUGACUGGACUUAACCGUCCAGGGGUCCUUUAGCUUUUUACCUUACUGAGGAAGCAGGGCGAAGGGAAGGAGGCAGAUUCAGAGAGGGUACAAAUCACAAAGGGCCCUGAGGCUUCUCUCGGUGUGGGUCAGGAAGAAGUCCCAAAAUUGGCGCGGCGUCUGUGGGCACCACGCUUUGCAAUGUGCCAGAGCUAUCUCUCGUUCCCAGAGCUUUUCCCUUGUAUGGCUUGAUAACCGGAGACCCGCUAUCAUACUCUUGCAGUUGCUGACAUUCUUUUCUAAUGACCCAGGGGUCGUGACCUGAGUUUUUCCCAGGGUCUGGGAAAGGGGCGAGGAGCCGUCGGCCUCUUCCACCCGGUGCAUAAUCCAUUUCUGGAAUCUGCGAUGUGCCAAGACGGGCCAGUGGCUUAUGGGGCGUCGGUAGGGGAUUUAGAUAAAAUGCCACGGGUGGGGUUUUUUGUCUCCCAAAGGCCGUCAGCCAGGACUGCGCCAUGGAGCCUCCAUGGAGCCUAAUGAAGAUGAAAGAGGAGGGCGCAAAAUGCGGUCUGAAGCUCAACAUCAAAUACUAAGAUCAUGGCCACAGGUCCCAUCACCUCCUGGUAAACAGAAGGGGAAGAAAUGGAGGCAGUGAGAGAUUUUACUUUCUUGGGCUCCAUGAUCACUGCAUAUGGUGAGAGCAGUCACGAAAUUAAAAGACGCCUGCUUCUUGGGAGAAAAGCGACGACAAACCCAGACAGCGUCUUAAAAAGCAGAGACAUCACCUUGCCAACAAAGGUCCAUAUAGUUCAAGCUAUGGUUUUCCCAGUAGUGAUGUAUGGAAGUGAGAGCUGGACCAUAAAGAAGGCUGAUCACUGAAGAAUUUAUGCUUUUGAAUUCUGGUGCUGGAGGAGACUCUUGAGAGUCCCAUGGACUGCAAGAAGAUCAAACCUCUCCAUUCAGAGAGGAGUCCUUUUCUUGUUGUUUAAACGUUUUGUUGUGUCCGCCUCUUCGUGACCCCCUGGACCAGAGCACGCCAGGCCCUCCUGUCUUCCACUGCCUCCCGCAGUUUGGUCAAACUCAUGCUGGUAGCUUCGAGAACACUGUCCCACCAUCUCGUCCUCUGUCCUCCCCUUCUCCUUGUGCCCUCCAUCUUUCCCACCAUCAGGGUCUUUUCCACGGAGUCUUCUCUUCUCAUGAGGUGGCCAAAGUCUUGGAGCCUUAGCUUCAGGAUCUGUCCUUCCAGUGAGCACUCAGGGCUGAUUUCCUUCCGAAUGGAGAGGUUGGAUCUUCUUGCAGUCCAUGGGCCUCUCAAGAGUCUCCUCCAGCACCAGAAUUCAAAAGCAUCAAUUUGUAAUUAUCCUCUCUCAGUAGGAUGCCCAAACAACCAAGGAUCCAUAAAUAUGGGAGCGAAGCUGCCAAAAUAAUAUUAAGGCCAUGGAGACGAUGUGCAGAAAGGAAGGCAGCGGCCACUGACACUGAGGAGGGCGGAUGGGUGAAAUUCGGAGCCUGUUUUUUGCCUCUCUGCUCGCAAGGUCGCUGACAGGUCCGUUCCCAGGCCAGCUCCUCUGUACUGGAAUUUGCAAGGCAAACCAAAACAGCAAAUUCCUUCCCUCCAGCGAAUCUCCACCGAGGCUUUCCGAGCUGAGGGGUUUAUUUUUAAUUUCUGCUAAUGGCAGGGUGAGGCUGGCAGUCGUGGAUGGGAAAGGAGGAAAGCUUGAAGCAGUUUUUGGACCCAUUGCUUGGGGACUUUCAGAGGAGUCACAGAUGGCCAAGGGGACAUUCCUUUGGCUUGAGUGUGCCUGGGGGUGUCGGGACGGAGAUAAAUCGAUAAAUUCGCCCUGCCCUCCUAGCAAGACGAUCGAGUUGGGAGAGGGAAGCGGCAAGGCAAAAAUGGAGCGAUAAACGAAGACGUUGAAGCGAAACCUGGGAAUUAACGGGGUUUCAGCUAGCAGGCACCAGCCAUCAAUUCCCAUUAAAGGCAGCAAUACUCAUUUGCCAAAAGAUCGGCAGCUGUUAGCUCAUUGACCGCAUCCCCUCCAACAUUUCUCCCCUGAAAAUAGGGACGUCCUAUUCCAUCCCCUCCAACAUUUCUCCCCUGAAAAUAGGGGCGUCCUAUUCCAUCCCCUCCAACGUUUCUCCCCUGAAAAUAGGGACGUCCUAUUCCAUCCCCUCCAACGUUUCUCCCGUGAAAAGAGGGACGUCCUAUUCCAUCCCCUCCAACGUUUCUCCCCUGAAAAUAGGGACGUCCAAUUCCAUCCCCUCCAACGUUUCUCCCAUGAAAAGAGGGACGUCCUAUUCCAUCCCCUCCAACGUUUCUCCCCUGAAAAUAGGGACGUCCAAUUCCAUCCCCUCCAACGUUUCUCCCCUGAAAAGAGGGACGUCCUAUUCCAUCCCCUCCAACGUUUCUCCCCUGAAAAUAGGGACGUCCAAUUCCAUCCCCUCCAACGUUUCUCCCCUGAAAAGAGGGACGUCCUAUUCCAUCCCCUCCAACGUUUCUCCCCUGAAGAUAGGGACGUCCCAAGGAAAAGCGGGACAUUCCGGGAUCAAAUUGGAAACCGGAACGGCUUCUGUAAAUCCUGGACUGUCCUUGGAAAACAGGGUCCCAUUUUAGGAGACGACACCACAGGGUGUGGGUGGUUUUGCAUCUCAAGUUGGGGUUUUGAGAGCCGUAUAAAGGGCCCAUUAUGGUGCUGGAGGAGACUCUUGAGAGUCCCAUGGACUGCAAGAAGAUCCAACCUCUCCAUUCUGAAGGAAAUCAGCCCUGAGUGCUCACUGGAAGGACAGAUCCUGAAGCUGAGGCUCCAAGACUUUGGCCACCUCAUGAGAAGAGAGGACUCCCUGGAAAAGACCCUGAUGCUGGGAAAGAUGGAGGGCGCAAGGAGAAGGGGACGACAGAGGACGAGAUGGUGGGACAGUGUUCUGGAAGCUACCAGCAUGAAUUUUACCAAACUGCAGGAGGCAGUGGAAGACAGGAGGGCCUGGCGUGCUCUGGUCCAGGGGGUCACGAAGAGGCGGACACGACUAAACAACAACAACAACAAAAAGGGCGCUGGAGCAGGCUUUCCUGGGAAGUUGGCAACCUGGCCAGCUUCUGAGUUUUCCUGGCUGCCGGAUGAUUUCUGCGUGCCUUUUCCGUUGAGGUGGAGACCUUCCCCCAGGCGUGUUCCUACAAGCCCCAAAGACAGGAAUUUAGGUUGUGUCCUCAGUCCUCCUCAGUUUCUUCCGGGCUUCAAUCGUAUAUCCACACACUCCAAAUGCAACUUUUUGGAAGGGCGAGGGAUGAAUUGGCGCUGUCAUAAAUUGCCCAGGACGCGAUCCUCUGCAGAAAUCGAUUCCUGCGUGGAGCGAUUGGGUAUGUUUAGAUGCAAUGCCUGCCUUCUGAUAUCUGGAAGGAAGCAGGGCAAAUUAAUUUAUUCUCCGGGGGGAUGGCAGAAGGAGAUCAGGCCCAUUCAUCCGAAUGGGUCUACUCUAAGUAGGAUGACGCAGUGCACAGGGGGAAGGGCAGCAGUACAGUGGCAAAGCGUCGGCUUUGCAGCCCGGAGGUGCUGGGUUCGAUUCCUGCCCCCUCCAGCUAAGGCUUGGGUCUGAAACCUCGUACAGCUGCUGUCCGUCAGUGCAGGUGUUGUAAGAAAAAACUGCUACUUUUCCUUUACGGGGUGUUCCAGAGCCCGUCUAGAGUCCUUAAGUGGGUUCCCUAUCGGUAGGAGAAAAUAACAGAGGCCAAGCAGACGACACAAAAGGAAAGCGGAAUGAGGAGGGAAGAGGAAACCGAGCGAGGUCAGGCUCCAAAACUCUUCCGCUUGUAGUUUUUGCAAUCUCCAGAUGUAAUAUCUGGUUGUGCAAUGUGAGAAACCUGAGGCUGGUCCAGGCAGAUCUUUCCGACGAGUUAUUUAGGAAAUAGAGGACAUCUUAACAUGGUCUUGUUAUAAGAAAAAAAACUGCUCCUUUUCCCUUAUGGGGUAUCUAAGAGCCCAUGAUUAUGAUUUAUGUGUGAGGAAAAUUUGGGCAAAAAAAAUGAGAGGCACAAAUACAAGAUGGGGGACACCUGGCUUGAGAGCAGUACAUGUGAAAAGGAUCUAGGAGUCUUGGUUGACCACAAACUUGACAUGAGCCAACAGUGUGACGCGGCAGCUAAAAAGCCAAUGCAAUUCUGGGCUGCAUCAAUAGGAGUAUAGCAUCUAGAUCAAGGGAAGUAAUAGUGCCACUGUAUUCUGCUCUGGUCAGACCUCACCUGGAGUACUGUGUCCAGUUCUGGGCACCACAGUUCAAGAAGGACACUGACAAACUGGAACGUGUCCAGAGGAGGGCAACCAAAACGGUCAAAGGCCUGGAAACGAUGCCUUAUGAGGAAUGGCUAAGGGAGCUGGGCAUGUUUAGCCUGGAGAAGAGGAGGUUAAGGGGUGAUAUGAUAGCCAUGUUCAAAUAUAUAAAAGGAUGUCACAUAGAGGAGGGAGAAAGGUUGUUUUCUGCUGCUCCAGAGAAGCAGACACAGAGCAAUGGAUCCAAACUACAAGAAAGAAGAUUCCACCUAAACAUUAGGAAGAACUUCCUGACAGUAAGAGCUGUUCGACAGUGGAAUUUGCUGCCAAGGAGUGUGGUGGAGUCUCCUUCUUUGGAGGUCUUUAAGCAGAGGCUUGACAACCAUAUGUCAGGAGUGCUCUGAUGGUGUUUCCUGCUUGGCAGGGGGUUGGACUCGAUGGCCCUUGUGGUCUCUUCCAACUCUAUGAUUCUAUGAUUCUAUGAAAAUUGUUAAAAGUACUUAAUAAUAAUAAUAAUAAUAAUAAUAAUACAAUAUGAAACAGCCAUGGCUUCCCCAAAUUAUUCUGGGAGUUGCAGUUUGCCCAGGGGGCUGAGAGGUGCUAGGAGGCACCCUCUAAUUUCCCGGACUGAGCUGCAAUUUUAUUUAUUUUCUACGUCUGUUUCCUGACUUUUCUCUAAGCAGCUUGAGGUUGCAAGAACUAUUCUUCUCCCCAUUUUAAUCCCCUGUGAGGCAGGCAAGGGAGAGCGACCGGCUCACCCAGCGAGCUCGAGUGGGGGGGGGGGGAGAUUCGAACCCGGGUCCCUCCCCAGGUCCUGGCCCCGAGACUCUAACCACUGCACGGCGCUGCCUCUCAGCGUUCUCGGCAAAGAGGGACGGGGUUGUUCGACCGCCCUGGGUCGUUCCAGCCUUCCCCAUGGGUGUUAAGAAACCUCUGCGCGAUUUCUGGCAUUCCUCGCUUUUCCCAGCUGCCAGCCAGAUGUGACAUUUUCCCCAGCAAAAAAGGCAAGGCCCUCUUUUCCAGACUGUUUUCGGCCGGGGCGUCCCAGGAAGGCUGCCAGGGACGGGGAUUGAUGGGGUGUGCGUUGGUUCUCCCCCUCGAGCCAGAUUUCUCCCUCUCCGUGACUUAUUAGCUGCCGUCUCUGCCUCCGGAGACUUGUGCGAUCGUCUCCCUUUCUCUUGGCCCGUGGCCUCGUUCCUCUUCCAGAUCUCCAGACCAAGUGCUCCCUUGCAAGGAAGACGGUAGGAAGGGCUUUGAGUCAUUUCAAAAUGAUUUCAGAGUUUCAGUUUGCAAAUGUGCUUCCUUUCCUUUCCUUUCCUUUCCUUUCCUUUCCUUUCCUUUCCUUUCCUCCUUCCCUUCCCUUCCCUUCCCUUCCCUUCCCUUCCCUUUCUUCCUUCCCUUCCCUUCCCCUUCCUUCCUUCCUUCCUUCCUUCCUUCCUUCCUUCCUUCCUUCCUUCAUUCCUCCCUCCCUCCCUUCCCUUCCCUUCCCUUCCCUUCCCUUCCCUUCCCUUUCCUUCCUUCCUUCCUUCCUUCCUUCCUUCCUUCCUUCCUUCCUUCCUUCCUUCCUUCCAUCCCCUUUCCUCCUCAAUGCCCAUCUCAAUGCCAAUGUAGGUCUUUCAGGACUGGUGUUAUAUGGUCCCGGCGGCCGCUCCCAGUCCCCAGUCUGGCUGCCGCAUUCUGGAUUAAUUGUAGUUUCCGGGUCACCUUCAAAGGCAGCUCCACGGAGAGCGCAUGGCAGUAGUCCAAGCGGGAGACAACCAGAGCAUGCACCACUCUGGCGAGACAGUCCGCGGGCAGGGAGGGUCUCAUCCUGCGUACCAGAUGCAGCUGCCCUGGACGCAGAAUUAACCUGCACCUCCAUGGACAGCUGUGAGUCCAGAAUGACUCCCAGGCUUCACACUUGGUCCUUCGGGGGCACAGUUGCCCCAUUCAGGAACAGGGAGUCCCCCACACCCGCCUGCCCCCUGUGCCCCCAAAACAGUACUUCUUAUUUACGUGUUUGCCUUGUACAUUUAUGAACAUUUAUUUUAUACAUAUAUAAGACCUUAGAAUUCCUGUAACGGUAGACAAAACUGAACUACCGUAGAUGCUCUGACUGUAUAAGGCAGCUUCUGACGUCGAUACGUUCCUUUCCGGCGGUCUUUCCAUUCCAUCUUUCUGCAUGUCCUGAAAAAGCACCUGCCCCCCCCCAAUAAAAUUCUGGGAACUGUAGUUUCUGCUGGGAGUUGUAGCGCCAUGAAAGUACAGUUCCUAGAUUCUCUGGGAUUCAAGUGGGUGGCAUGGAUAGCGUCAGUGGCGAGCUAUGAGAUGGGGCUGCACAGCUUCUGUUUCCUGACCCCCUGCUCCCAACGGGACGCUCCCUCCUUAAAUAAAUUUGUGCUUCUAAGGGCGGGUCAUCCCAGCUAGUUGCCCCCGGCCCCCAAUCCUUGGCUGGCUUCUCCUGAUCUUGCGUCAGUUCCUGGAAGCCAUAGGAAUUCCUGCUUUAUUACAGCCUUGAUUUACGGUCCGAGGGAAAGCAGUUGCGAUGUUUGUCUGAUCCGCGGGGUCAAAUGUCUGCGGGGCAAUCUCACACAUGCCGAGGGCGGAUCCUGACCCUUCGGAGAGAUUCCCGGAAUCGGAGGAAGCAAAUGCUCCGAUCUCGCAAGCGCUCCGAUCCUAAGCUGUGGGCAGAAGCGCAGGAUGGGUGCGAUGCAGCGGCGGGAAAAAGCCGAAUGCAAUUCUAGGCUGCGUCAACAGAAGUCUAGUGUCCAGAUUUAAGUCGUAAAGGUAAAGGGACCCCUGACCGUUAGGUCCCGUCAUGGCCGACUCUGGGGUUGCGGCGCUCAUCUCGCUUUACUGGCCGAGGGAGCUUCCGGGUACAGCUUCCGGGUCAUGUGGCCAGCAGGACUAAGCCGCUUCUGGCGAACCAGAGCAGCGCACGGAAACGUGGUUUACCUUCCCGCCAGAGCAGUACCUAUUUAUCUACUUGCACUUUGACGUGCUUUUGAACUGCUAGGUGGGCAGGAGCAGGGACCGAGCAACGGGAGCUCACCUCGUCAUUGCGGGGAUUUGAACCGCCGACCUUCUGAUCGGCAAGUCCUAGGCUCUGUGGUUUAACCCGCAGCGCCACCCGCGUCCCUGAUUUAAGUCAUAGUCCCGCUCUAUUCUGCCUCGGUCAGACCACGCCUGGAAUACUUUGUCCUGUUCUGGGCGCCUCAAUUUAAGAAGGAGGUUGACAAGCUGGAAGGUGUGCAGAGGAGGACAACCGAGACGAUCCAAGAAACCGAGCCUGAUGAGGAAUGGUCGAAGGAGAGAUAUUUGUAGAGGGAUGGAUAGAAGAUCUGGGAACAAACUCGUCCAUCGCCGAUGUCUUCAUAUAAUUUAGGGGCCAUCGGACUGUCGAAAAGCUGGAUACAAGUUCUUUUAAACAAUGCAGAGAACAGGGGAUUAUCCUAACUUUCCACAAAUGGUUUAGCUCAAGUUGCUGAGCAGAAGCCAAUGGCAGUCUGGCUGGGGUCCCAGUUCUCGCUGACUAGACAUCAGGAGAAGCUUUUGGGGUGGCAAGAUCUCUUUGACAGCGGGACUGAGUCCCUCAGAAGGUGGAGCGUUCUCCUUCCUUGGAGGUGUUAUCUAUCUAUCUAUCUAUCUAUCUAUCUAUCUAUCUAUCUCUCUAUCUAUCUAUCUAUCUAUCUAUCAUCUAUCUAUCUACCUAUCUAUCUAUCUAUCUAUCUAUCUAUCUAUAAUAAUUUAUUAUUUAUACCCCACCCAUCUGGCUGAGUUUCCCCAGCCACUCUGGGCGGCUCCCAAUCAAGUGUUAAAAACAAUACAGCGUUAAAUAUUAAAAACUUCCCUAAACAGGGCUGCCUUCAGGUGUCUUUUAAAGAUAGGAUAGCUGCUUAUAUCCUUCACAUCUGAUGGGAGGGCGUUCCACAGGGUGGGCGCCACCACCGAGAAGGCCCUCUGCCUGGUUCCCUGUAGCCUCACUUCUCGCAAUGAGGGAACCGCCAGGAGGCCCUUUGGAGAUGGACUCCGGUGUCUGGGCUGAAUGACGGGGGUGGAGACGCUCCUUCAGGCAUACUGGGCCGUUUAGGGCUUUCAAGGUGAGCUCCAACACUUUGAAUUGUGCUCGGAAAUGUCCUGGGAGCCAACGUAGGUCUUUCAGGACCGGUGUUAUAUGGUCUCGGCGGCUGCUCCCAGUCCCCAGUCUAGCUGCCGUGUUCUGGAUUAGUUGUAGUUUCCAGGUCACCUUCAAAGGUAGCCCCACGGAGAGCGCAUUGCAGUAAUCCAAGCGGGAGAUAACCAGAGCAUGCACCACUCUGGCAAGACAGUCUGCAGGCAGGUAGUCCACUAAAAACAUUUAAGUUCCAACAAUCAUUUAACAUAACUUCUUAUCUUAUACAACAUUUUAGAAUUCCGUCAACAACCUCUUAAGAUUCUCCGUUCUUUAUCAUUUGCUCUGCAUUUCUUAAUUUCUCUAUUACUUUUCAUUGUCCUUAACUAAUAAUUAUUUUCAAAGUCUUCCUUGCAAUAUUUCACAAAGUCCUCCAUACAGAACUUCUUGCAGUCCUGCUUGCGUAAUCUGUUUAUCCCAAUCGCUUUUCAAAUGGUUCAAAUAUUUACAGUGGUACCUCGGGUUACAUACGCUUCACGUUACAUACGCUUUAGGUUACAGACUCCGCUAACCCAGAAAUAGUACCUCGGGUUAAGAACUUUGCUUCCGGAUGAGAACAGAAAUCAGGCUUCGGCAGCAUGGCGGCAGCAGGAGGCCCCAUUAGCUAAAGUGGUGCUUAAGAACAGUUGCAGGUUAAGAACGGACCUCCGGAACGAAUUAAGUACUUAACCCGAGGUACCACUGUAAAGAUUGACUGAUUGAUUGAUUGAUUGAUUGAUUGAUUAACAGGUUGUCCAGAUGAGACCUGUCUCUUUCCCCCUCUCUCUGCUCAGAGCCGGCACCCAACGACCGAGACUGA